UCGUCAGCCUUUCCUCGUCUCGUCGAGUCCGCGCCGUCACGUCUCGCUCGCAUUGCGUCAGGUUGCGUUAGUCGCGUAAAGCAAACGCGACUUUUGCACCACCGCAACGCCCGGUUUAAUUCCGCACGUGUCGAGCUGCUCAAAAUCCGACGUACGCCAGGCGUCCGGACAUCGCCGCCAGUCGAGGGGCCCGAUUUUCACCCCAUUCAGCCCGGAAGACCGGGCCCAAAUCGGAUGAUACCGAGGUCCGACAUGCACCCUGGUCGUGCAGUUGACAACGCCGCCGGACCAGAUCGACAAGAGUUUUGGCGAACGUAGGAACUGAGGGGAGUUAGGAUCGAGUGCCGAAUCCGACCACCUUCCUCGAAAACUCGACCUCAUUGCCUAGUCCUUCGUUCCGGUAUCCGUAGCUGCGAACAGGGAAUGCUCAUCAAUCAUCCCGACAUCGCGUCUGAAGUGAUAACCGAGUAUCCGGUCCCGAAUUCGGUCAAAAACUGGAUGCACCAAGGCCAAAGACAUCAUGGAGAAUCCUCAGAGGUACCGCGACACCACCAUCUACAAACAGCCAUCGCCGUGCAGUCUGCGAAAGCUUGCGGACAUAGUUCCGGCCAGGGUCGUGCUCUACAUGUUGUCCUUCUCCGGUUUCCUGGUCUCCUUCAUGAUGAGGAUGGACAUAAACCUGACCAUGGUCGCCAUGGCGAAGCCCGUACCUCCGCCGGCUAGCGCUGACGGCAACGAAACCUCUCCGGGGAAACCCGUCGCCCAUUGCUACGUCGCCCAGAACACGACGUGGUCGGAGGAGAACACGACGGUUGUUCCACCGCCGGAGGAGCUCGGGGAAUUCGACUGGAGUCCUGCCAUCCAGUCGGCGAUAGUCGGAUCGUUUUACUGGUGCUACAUCCUAUCCCAGAUAGUCGGGGGGGUGCUCACCCAGUACUUUGGUACCAAGACCGUCUUUGGUGGGUCGCAACUGCUCACAGCUAUCUGUAGUUUCCUCAUGCCGACCGCAGCUGACAUUCAUUACGGGGCGAUGAUCGCCCUGAGGAGCAUUCAGGGGGCGGCAAGUGGCUUGACGUGGCCGGCGAUGUACGCCAUAGUCGGACACUGGAUACCACCGGCAGAGCGAUCUAGGUUCAUGUCAUCUUUCCAAGGGUUCAGCAUCGGCAUCGGGCUCACAUAUCCACUCUGCGGUUUUCUCAUCCACCACUUCGGAUGGCGAGUCGUCUUCUAUACCACCGGCAGUAUCGGUGCUGGAUGGUGUGUCUUAUGGUACUUCUUUGCCUUUGACACUCCCGCCUGUCAUCCAAGGAUAUCGCCUCAAGAACUACGAUACAUCGAGGGAUGCGUUGGUGAACAAGUUGUUGGUGGAAACGAGGGAAUGCCGGUUCCCUGGAGAGCGAUUCUGACCUCGUGGCCGGCUUGGGCUAUCGGGAUAACGACCUUCGGCAGGAUAUGGGUCCACUACGUCUUCAUAAUCCCGGGUCCGGUGUACAUGAAGAGCGUCCACGGAUUCGACAUACAGACGAACGGUAUUCUCUCCGGUGUUCCGUUCCUGCUGAGCUAUCUGGCUUCCGUUGCGUUUUGCUACCUCGCCGACGUCCUCGUCACGCGACAAAUACUCUCGCUGUUGAACGUUCGGAGGAUAUUCACUGCCGUUGCGCAAGUUGUUCCUGGAAUACUUUUGCUGCUGGUUGGAUAUCUGGGAUGCAAUAUCGUCCUUGUUUUAUUCGUCUGGUUCGUCGCUGUGACGCUUAUCACAGCCGCUUAUGCCGGUGCCAUGGCGAACAUCGUUGACAUCGCGCCAAAUCUCGCCGGUCCAGUUCUCGCCUUUGCACAAACUAUUCACAUGUCGGCGAGUUUCUUGUCGCCGAUAGUAGCCGGCGUUAUGACCAAGGACAGCCAAUCUCUCGACGCAUGGAGGAAAGUCUUCGGUGUCGCGGUCUGCGUUUCCAGCGGAACUUACGUCGUAUAUCAAAUAUUCGGCACCGCUGAUAUCCAGGCCUGGAAUUAUCCUGAUCAAAAAUAUCCACAAUCCGUCAGAGAGGACUCGCAACCUUUGAGGGAAUCGCCCCAGAAGGACGGUAAAAUCGUUCCGAAACGAUCCGGCUCGUCUCAGGUACAAGCCUAAAUUUAUUAUUGUACAUAUAAUAUAUAUAUAUAUAUAUACAUAAUAUUAAAUGUAUAGAAUUUACAAUGUUCACCUGCAAGCGUUUCAAAAUAUUGCAUAUAACCUCUCUCGUGUAUCCUGCAUAAUUUUGUUUCUUCACAAUUUGCUAUAUUCCGUCUCGGUCAUUCCGUAAGUAGAAUACUUCGAGUUAGAAAAUACGAGCAACGACGAACAGAACGGUUAUAUGCGUAAAUCUUUGUCGCAAAGAAAAAAAAAAAAAAAAUUCUCCCACCCUUCAAAUAAUUUUUUCACACUGUUUCUAUGAAAUUCACGAAUUACGCGUAUAAUGUAAUGUGAAACACAAACGCAUCGGUGAUGUGCACAUACGUAGUAUAUAAUUACAAUACAUUGUAACGUACCUAUGGGAUGAAGCGGAAGAAAAUCGAGGGGGGAAAAAAAACAGCAAAAAAGCAGCGAAAAAAAAAAAAAAAUACAAAAAUUUAUUGUAAUUACAAAGUUGAUCAUGUUCAUUUGUAUAAUAUUGAGAAUAACUAUUUUUAGAAAGAAGUAUAAAUGAUCUCUCAGGUAUGGUUAUAUUGUGUGUAUAUAAUAAUAAUAAUAAUAAUAAUAAUAAUGAUAAUAAUGGUCGCUCGUGUGAUACUAUUUGCUCAUCGGAUUUAAACUAUUAUAAAAGAAAAAAAAAUGAAAAAUAUUAAAGAAAAGUGUAACAAUAACGGUGUAGUAGCAUUGAUGGUAAUAUUGUGAAAAUGAGGAAUAUAUGCGGAUACUUGCUAUUUGAAAAAUUUAUGUAUGCAGUUCAAUCGAAAUCACAUCGUAUAAAUAUAGUUAUAAAAUAAAGGGUAAGUUCGAUGUGCAAGCAGUCCGCGAAUCAUAAAAAUAACGGUAACGACAGUAACGUGACAGAAAAAUUAUCGAUACUAUAAUAAUAUAAAUAAUAGCAAUCUUGGAGGAUGGAGUUGAUUCAUAUACAUAUAUAUAUACAUAUAUAUAUGCAUUUGCAGUUUUGAUUAUGUCAUCCAUUCAAGUACAAUUAUCGCUUAUUGUAGAAUUUAGUUCUUACGUAUCAUUGCGCGAAACCUAUUAGGCAAGAAUCACGUUCGUGGAUGUUUAUCGGUGAUUACAACGAAACAAGAAGAAAAAAAAGAUGGAAAAAAAGAUAAUAGCUAGCACGUAUUCCUCAUUUGCUGUUCGCCUAGACCAAAUUAUGUAAUUCCAAUUGAAGCUGGAUCGGAUGAAGAUCGAAAACAAAGAAAAAAAAAAAAUGGUCUAGUUUAAGCAGAUUUAUAGAUAUUUUUGUUUCGAACAACAUCAAAUCCUCGGUUUCGUUGAAAGGGCUUUGCAAAAUUUGAUGCUUAUAUUAAUGAACGAAAGUUUCGCACUUUAAUUAAAACUUCGGACGGUCAAACAUCUCUGUAUAUAGGUAUACACGUGAAUCUAUAAUUCUAUAACUGUGAACAAGUCUACGAGUCGAUUUACAAACAAACUAUCAACGCGGUAAGUUGGUCUUGAAUCACUCGUUGAAUCUUUGUCGUAUUUCAGUUUCGAGUGAGUGGAUAUAUAUUUUUUCAAUGAUUUCUCAAUUGAAAGGACACAACGUUAGGAUCGGAGUGGAAAAAGUAAUGGAAAAUUUUUCGUCCAUUUUCAAUCAGGGUAGAAAAAAUUCAGGUGUAUAAUAUGUACAGGUAGUAGAUAUGUGCGAAAUUGCAUAUAUAUAUGAAAGGAAUAUACAUGGGUAUGUAAUGGCUGAUUGAUUCACGGGAAAAGAAAUGAUACACGCCAAUAAUUGACGAAUUAUUUUAAUACGAACUUCGAUCUGAAAAUCUAAGCAAUGUGGGGAUGGUUUGAAAGAAGAAUACAAGUCGCAAGCAAUUUUUUGAACAAAAUUCAAUAUCAAUAAAAUAAAAAAAGAAAGGUUACAUUACGUAGUUAUAUUUUUCAAAACGACACUGCCGAACAAAUUUUAUAUUAUACAUAUAUACGUAAGAUCAAGUUUCGAAUAUAUAUCCAUCUAAGAUAUAUCUCACGUACCUUGUCUAUCUCGUUUCGCGGCAAACAAUUAGUUAAUAUUAUUCUGGGAGUUAAAAUAAUACUGUAAUAUUGUAUGCCUUAAAAGGGAAUUCCUGAUUAAAAAAAGUGUUGUAAAAAUUUCUUCGAAGCUUGACGAUAAUUUUGGUUCUAUAAAGUAGAAGCAAUGAUGAGAUGAAAAAUUGUAGGAUUUCUUAAGAAGAGAAAAAAAAAAACGGACGACAAUUCUAUACUGGAUAUUUUUGUCUUCGGUGAUGCUCUGUUUCUACUUAAGAAAAAAAUAUAAUAUUUACCUGGUAUGGAGAUAACAAAAAAAAAAAAAAAAAAAACGAGAAAAAUAAUUUGAAUUAUAAUGUACAUAGACAAUCUAUCCGAGUCAGUCUCGUUAUAUGUAUGUAACAAGAUCCUGCGUGCCAACUUUGAGGAUGUACGUUAGGUAGAAA